CUUUUCUCUUCUUCUCUUUCCACCUCUUUCCUCCCCUCCCCCUUCUCCCUCCUCCCUCCUCCCCAUCCCUCCGCCAAUCUGUCAAUUCGUCUCCUCCGCUAUGCCGAGUGUUCAUCCCGAGUCCCUUGAGGACUUCGAGUAUAUCGAAACUCCUCCCGCCUCGUGCACCACUCCCGCUGAUGACUGCGGUGUGCGGACGACCUCGUACCCGGCCAUCAAAAAUGCCCCUGUCCCGGCCGAUUCACCCGGUAGCGAUAGCUUCUCCAACACCUUGCUUUUCGCCCUACUGUUGCUGAUCCCAUGGUACUUCGCCCGCCAAGUCGGCGGUGGUCUCUACACCACCAUCUUCUUUGCUAUUUUCACCACCAUCCCCAUCUUGAUGGCCUUUUGGUCCGUAGCUUCUUCUAUCUCUCCUCGCAAGAACGAAAAGGCCAAGUAUGCCGGUCGCCCCGUUGAGUAUUACCUCAACUUCCUUAGCGAGCACGACCGUGCCGCCUACCGUGGCAAGAGCAAGAUCCCCAUGGAGGUAUUUUACGAGAAGUACUUCAAUGGCGAGGUGGAAUUUAAAUGUGACGCCCUGGAAGCCCUUGAGUUCAGACAUGACUGGGCCAACUUCCGUUUCACUAUGGGUCUCUUCAAGCACUUUCUCUUUGGUUUCAUUCCGGAAAUGAUCAUGCACACGCGUUCCCAGGAUGAGGAACAGGUUCGUGACCACUAUGACCGCGGUGAUGAUUUCUACGCUUGGUUUUUGGGCCCUCGCAUGAUUUACACUUCGGGGAUCAUCAGCGAUAUCAACCGCGAGGAAACUCUCGAGGAACUUCAGGACAAUAAGCUGGCAGUCGUGUGCGAAAAGAUCGGCAUUCAGCCCGGUGACACCAUCCUCGAUCUCGGUUGCGGCUGGGGUACUCUGGCCAAAUAUGCUUCGGUCCACUACGGUGCUCAGGUUACUGGUAUCACUCUCGGGCGUAACCAGACUGCCUGGGGUAAUAAGGGUCUUCGCAACGCCGGAAUUGAGGAAUCUCAAAGCCGUAUCAUGUGCCUUGACUACCGCGACGCUCCCCGUGUUAACGGAGGUUACAAGAAGAUCACCUGCCUGGAGAUGGCUGAGCAUGUCGGUGUCCGUCACUUCACUACUUUCCUGUCUCAGGUCUACGAGAUGUUGGAUGAUGAUGGUGUUUUCUUCUUGCAGAUCGCUGGUCUGCGUAAGUCCUGGCAGUACGAGGAUCUCAUCUGGGGUCUUUUCAUGAACAAGUACAUCUUCCCGGGAGCUGACGCUAGCACCCCGCUUGGUUUUGUCGUUGAUCGACUGGAGGCUGCCGGAUUUGAGAUUAAGGCUGUCGACACCAUUGGCGUACACUACUCUGCCACCCUCUGGCGCUGGUACCGGAACUGGUUGGGCAACCGUGAGAAGGUUGAGGCCAAGUACGGAAAGAGAUGGUUCAAGAUCUGGGAGUACUUCUUGGCCUACUCCACCAUCGUUUCCCGCCAGGGAGGUGCUACCUGCUGGCAGCUUACUCUUGUUAAGAACAUCAACUCCACUCACCGUGUUGAGGGUAUUAACCGUCAGUUCGGUCUCACCGGAGCCCGUCAAUCGGCUAUCGACAAUGUCGGCCACGGUGUGGUCCCCAGCGCCCACGUGCCCAAGAAGGCUUAAAGCAGGUCCUCGACACCCAUGCUCUAGGCUCUGUCCGGCGCCUACGAAUGACAAGUCUUUGAUUCCUGGUUGUGAUGACAUAGGCUUCGGUUGACAUGGGAAAACUGAACACGGCCUUCUGAAUUUCUAUGUGGAGGCCCGUGAGGAAAAUGUGGCGUAGAAUGAAAAUGGGGUUGAAGACUGAGAGGAAGUCUUUUCAUGGGACAUGAUUGUGAGCAGAGUUCACACGGAAUGACACCUUAAUUAUGUACAAGGAUUCUGAUGUAUAUAACCAGUCUGGCUCGGACAUAAGCAAGACGGCUGUGUAAUUCACAUCAGAACAGCAUGUAUUAAUGAAAAUAGACAAACGUGACGACGCUGGCUAUGGAUGGGUUAU